UUGGGUAACUGGAGGCGGCUUCUCCGGCCGGGCGGCCCCGCCACCGCGACGCCGGGGCCCUGACGUCACCCGAUUCGCCAGGAAAUGAACUUUUUAAUAAUCCGAGGAGGGAGGAAAGCCCUUGGUCCCCUCGGCUCGGGGGGCUCCCGGCCAGGCCCAGCUCCGCGGGAGCGCCCGUCACCCUCUCCCAGACCAGCUCUGGGCAGCGCCGGGGGGCGCAGGCACAGGCUAGGGGCCUCCUCCUGCCUUUCCGUCCGGCUGUCCGUUGAUCUGUCCGAGGCCCUGGCGGCAGUUUAUGAUUCUUCAUCAACGCGUAAAAUGCAAUCGUCGGAGCCUCGAGACUGUUUUGCGUCCCUGGAACCUAGCAGGAGCUUAUCAAAGACACCGCCGCCCCGGGGACAAUCCCUGGUGUCAGGCAAGACUGCCCCGCCAGCUCGAACCCCGGGACCCAGCUCAGGAGGCAGCCAGCCGCUUGCCAGACCCGGGGCCGUGAACGCCGGAGCCGAGCGGAAGAUUUCCGUGGGUCUGCGAUCCGUGCCUCGGUUCGCAGGGAGGUGGCUACUCUGGGCUCUCGGGAAAGCAGAUUAUCGGAGCCCUUUCAGAGCGCGCACAACAAAUGCGCCCGCCAUCGAAUGCAUCAUUUACCACCGCAGAUCCGCGCGCUGAUGGGCAGGCAGAUAGCCGUCCGCGGGGGGCACGCCGGGCGCCCUGUGCCCGCGCCUCCUGCCUGCCUGCUUGCCUGCCUGCCGGGGGCACCCGCGCGUGCGCCCCCGGGUGUGCCUGGCAUGUUUGCAUGGACAUUCGCAUGUGCCAGUGGAUGGGCACUGAACAAGAAAGGGUAUUGGUGUGCAUGCGGGCAUGUCAAAGAAGUGUGCUACAAAAAAGCGCAGGUGUGCAAGCCCAUGCUCAUGGGCGUGGUGGGCGUGUGUGCUGUGAAUGCCUGGAGGGGGCCCAGCUGAGGCUGUUGGAGGGUGCACAGAGGAGGGGGUAUUGCACGUGAGUGCAUAGGCACGAGUGUCACUCAGGGUGGGAAGGCAGGUGUGUGAAGGAGUGGGUGUGCAAAUCCGUGUGUACAGGUGUGGUGGAUGAGCGUAUUGAGUGCCACAGUGUACCUGCCCUCGAGGAGGCCGUUGAGGAGUGCACACAGGAGGCGGUGUCAUCUGCCACUAGGUCGCGUGCGUGUGUGUAUACUCAGACACGGGUGUGUGCCUGCAGGUGUCCGACCCUACUCAGUGCUCUGGGUUCCUACGUGCCUGUAAGCAUGCGCAUCCGUGCAUUCCUGUGACUGUCAGGAGUGAGUGUGCCGCGGGUCAGAGUUCACCCCAGUGUGUGCCUUCGGGGUGCACGGAUCUGUGUGAGGGCGGUUGUGUUGUUGUGCAUCUAUAUGCCUGGGUGUGCCCGGGUGUGCGGUAGGAAGGGCUGUCGUUAGGGCCUGUCCCUGCGCCUGCCUGGGUAGGCUCAGGACACACGGGCCGGGACCCCUCUCCAGCGUGGGAAAGAGACAGCCAGAGGGGAGAGAAUGGUGUGUGCAGGUGCGACAGACUCCACAGCAAAAGGGGUGGAAUGUGCUAGUGACAGAAAACGGGGUGUGGGGGCGUGUAAGGGAGAAAGGUCUUCGAGGAGUUUGGGGACACCCAGGGGUCCCAAUAGCCUCAACAGGCAUGCCCUGCCGGGGGCCCCAGAGCUCCCCGCUCCGGACCUAGGGAAAGAGAGACCCGAGCCCCGCCGCCUGAGGUCCCCGCGCAGUGAGUGACACGCGCCGCCGACAAAGGCUGUAUUUUUCCAGGCUCGCGCCCCGCCCGCGCGCGCGCGAUGGUCCCCAUGGCGACGCAGAUAGCGCCGCAGCCAUUUUCCCUAUCUCCCCGGAGUCUAUUAUACGGCGGGAUUAGCUCAUCUCCAGGCAGGUCAAACCCAAAGUCACACAACCUGCGGCGCGGGCCCCGCCCCCCGCCCGGCCGCCCCUCCCCCUCCGGGGUCCGGUCUCUGCCCGGCGACCCUCGAGCUGCGGCCCUUGCACAGGCGCAGAGCGCCACCUGGCGGCCACGGGUGGCCCGAGUUGGGGGUCUCCGGGAGCCGGCAGCCUGAACCGGAGUCACCAGGCAGAAGAGCUGUGGCAGGGGUCCUUUCCUCCAGGAGGUGGACUCUCCCAGAAGCAGGGGCUUUGUUUUGUCACUGCUGUGUCCCCAGGGCUGGGCUGACGCACGGUAGAUGCUCCUUAAGUGUUUCUUGAAAGGAGAGAUGGAUGGCAGGAAAUUACAGACCCAGCAAACUGUCAAAGGUCACGCAGCUUAGCUGGCCACAAGAAAUCACUUCUUAGACUGUAUCCACUGAAUUUAGAAUAAAAGCCAAACUGUGCAAUAGCCUUUGCUGACCACUCA